AUGAGAAAUUAUUACAAGUAUAGAUAUGUUAACUUAUAUGUAUUAUUUUUGUUUUUACAGGUCCUUUUCUGCGCGAUGGUUUCAGCUGCAUUAGCGAUUCCUGAUCCAAAGAAGUACAAACAUGAGUCAAUAGAAAAAGAUAAAAAAUCUGAAACUUUAACAACCAAGGAAAGAAAUUUUUUAAGAGAAGUCGAAGAAAAAUUUGGUGUUAAAUCAGAUGUUCCUGUAGAUAAUCAAAAUAAAGAAGAAGAAGAACCGGUAGAAAAAAAUGACAAUACUUCUACAGACAAAAAAGCAUUUCCAGCAGUUAUAGCAAUAGAAAUUGUUAACGACACAGAUUCUCAAUCUAAAGGUAAAAGAACUAUUGAUGCAAAUCUUGGAUACGGGUAUCGAACUAACAAUGGAUAUUCUUACUCGUACUUUGGUAAAUCAAACCAAGACAAAGGUAAAUUUGUAAUUUAUCCUUAUUCACAAGAAGAUCCUCCCACUUACAGUAAUCCCGAAAAAAAGUAUUUACCGCCGUCAAAUGGGAAAUACUCUUCAUUUCAAUCUACUAGCACUAAAGUUGAAAUUCAACCAUCACAAGCAUAUGAAUUAGUACCUGUAAAGGACGAACAACCAUCUUAUGAGUACAAAAAACCUGAUGUUGAAUUUAAAACUCCGCCAAAUGUGUAUACCGAUAAAAACACAGCACAAACUUUAUACACAACAUACAACGGUCAGGAAUUAUCUGGUUUGAGUGGGCAGUUUCCAACAGUUAUGCCUAAUUACUUUGUAGACCCAUCUCAACUUCUUCAAAACCCUCAUUAUCAGAGCGCUGGACUAACACAAGAUCACCUUCGCUCUCAAGGGUCAUAUUUAAAUCAAAACCAGAGAAUAGUACCAGUUCUAGUACUUCGAGUACCCAGUUCGUAUUUACAAAAUCCUACUGCAGAGUUAUAUGCAAAUUUGCCGCGGAACUAUCCUUUAUCACAACAUUUAAAUUCAGUUAAUUUACAAAGUUUAGUGAAUCAGUAUUUUAAGAAACAGGGGUAUUCAUUUGGACCAAAUGUAAUGUCUUAUCAAAGUGCGGCACCAUCAGUUGAAUCUGGGCCGAAUCAUUAUUCGCGUCCGUAUGUAAAGCCUUCAUAUACUCAGGCGGAUUACUCUGGUGUGCAAUACUCUGCAGUGAAACCAGUUAUGGCAAGGUAUCCAACUACAUAUGCACAACAACAAUAUUCAGUCUCACAACCGCAAUCGGUGUAUCAAACUCCUACACAGCAGCAAUAUGAAUAUCAAUAUCGGUACGUUCCCCAAACAGAAACAAAGUUGCAAACGUAUUAUGUUCAACCAGGGUAUCAACAAAGCCCACAAGAAGUUGCAGUAUCUGAUGGAUAUCAAGAUCAGCAAUCUGUAGUCCAACAACAUUCUAAUGUCGAGGAAAGUUUAUCAACCGAUGAGUAUAGAACACAAUACACAAAUAGUCAAGAAGGUAAAGAAGACAAGGAAUAUGAAUCUCAUAAUAUACCACAGCCAACCGAACAGCCAGAUGUAUCUCAAUAUGUUUCAGCGAAUCCCGAUUCUGAAAAUUAUGCUGUGAAUAAUAAAAAUGUUGAUUAUUCAAACCAGCAGGUUUCAGUGGAAUAUCCGUCGGUGGCAAUUCCCUCUUAUUCUUCGUCAGAAUACUAUACACAAAACACUGGACAGAAAAAUACUGUUUCCGUGUAUCCCUCUAAAUUAAUACACACGGAGCAGUACCAGGAACCCGAAGCUCCCGAAGUAUCUGCCCAAGAUUACGCGUACACAAGACAGAAUAUUGCUGAUUCGGGGAAAUCGCUAUUAAUUUCUGAAAACUAUCCUAGCAAAGACCACACUAUUGCUACCGUUUUACCUUUCACAUAUAAGACAGCUAACAGACCUACACAUACCAGUGUUCAAGGAGUAAGCUAUGUUACUCCUAUGCCUACUUCUAAAUAUCAGUCAAAGUACAAGAUUAUGGUACCACAGACAGUAUUUAGGAAUCCUAAUAGCGAGAAAAUAUCUUAUGUCAACUCUCAUACCUUGCCCAUGCAUUAUACGCAAGUUGGGAUCUACCCUAACUCAAACACUGUAAGUGAAUACGCAGCUGGAAGUCAAUAUGUGUCUUCAGUAGCGAGCAAACCUUCUUAUACUAGGAAUUUUCAUACACAUCCAAAAAGGAUGGCAAAGCCAGAUACCAGGAGAGAAGCAUCUUCUGCAAGGAUGAGCGUAAAGGAAACAAAUGAAAGGAACAACAUGAAAAAAUCUUCCUAA